AUUCUUUGGUGGAGCUCCGGCCUAAAUAAAGCUCACAAGUUUUGUGGAUUUUGAGUACUCUUAAUUCGAGAAAUGUAAAUAGAAGCAUAUUAAUAAUUACUUCUGAGGAGCACUACGUGAUAAAUGUUUCAUUUAACCGAAAUAGCACUGGGUGUUGAAAGUGUGCAGCUAACCAAUGUCAUGUAUGGCUCCUUAAGUAAGUCUGCCUUUCACGAUGCCAUUCAAGUUCCAUCUGAAGAAAAGUCGACAGUACAAUGUCGUCUCAAAAAAUCAAUAUGUCAUUUGCGUCGAAUUGCUGGAUGCAACGACUAUAGAAUGUACCUUAAGUAUCGACAGCAUAGGGCAAGAAUGUUUAGACAACUUAACUCAACGUCUCGGUAUCAAUCAACCUGAAUUCUUUGGAUUGCGAUAUGUCUGUCGACACGGGUCCCCUUCCCUUAGAUGGGUAGAUAUGGACAAGCCCUUAAAAAGACAACUCGAGAAAGAAGCUAAAAGCUUCAAUCUACAUUUACGGGUCAUGUACUAUGUAACUGAUGUACAACUUAUUCAAGAUGAGAUGACCAGGUAUCAUUAUUAUCUACAACUGAAGAACGACGUACUGGAAGGCAGAAUACAAUGUAAUUCGAGACGAGCUACUUUAUUAGCUAGUUAUUCGAUGCAAGCUGAAUUUGGGAAUUAUGACCCAGAAAGAUACACUACGGAAUGUCUUCGACGCUGUUCGUUCUUCCCUAAAGACAUAAUGCAAGCAGAACCUGGAGGACAAGAUGCUCUACUAAAUGCAGUCAUAUGUCAAUACAAGAGUUUAAUUGGUGUAACGCAAGCAGCUGCCGAAGAACUCUACAUUUCCAUUGUGGUACAGCUGGAUGGUUACGGUCAUGAAACAUUUACAGCAAAGGAUGAAUCAAACAAUGAAGUGGUACUGGGAAUCUCAGUGAAUGGUAUUAUGGUUGGAUAUCCUACGACACAAACUACUCAAUUCUAUAGGUGGAAGGAUAUCAGUAAUGUUAUUAAUCACAAAAAGGUAUUCAGAAUAGAAUGCCAGUCGGAAGUAGAAGAGGCAAAACAAUUUAUAUUUGGGGAGUCACGUAACGCAAAGUAUGUAUGGCGGCUGUGUAUAGCACAGCACACAUUUUACAUGCAGCAUCAAGAGUCACGUCCAUCGGAUCGUCUGACAAAUGGUUAUUUUGACAGUGAUACAAACGACUCAGGAGAACAAACUACAUCUGUUAAUUCAGAGAACCGUGCAGUAGAAGAUCAAAUGCGAUGGACCAGUUAUAAUGAUCUCUCAACUUCGCCUUAUCCACCAGUUGUAUCAGUUUCUUCAACUGAUAUUAAUAAUCUACGCGCAUUGCUUCCAUCAUAUAGACCUGCUCCAGAUUAUGAGACAGCCGUCCAAAUGAAAUACAAUAAUGGCGGAAAUGCUCCGCAGCCUUAUUACGCAAAUCAAUCUACAAUCGUAGGACCUGAUCUCUCAUGUUUACUCGGUAAUGUAGUAAACAGAAGCAGAUAUUAAUUAUUAAUAGUUUUUCACUGUUAUAAUAUCAUUAUUAAUUGUUGGUCACAGUCACGUAAGUCAUCACACAAAUAAAUUUAAGACCUGUUUGUCUUGCAUUAUUUGCACUAAUACAGGUUAGUGCAAAAUAGUGCUGUAGGGAUCACAAUAAAUUACCAGAUUUAAAGUCUGCGUCGUACAUAAGUUGCAUUGCUUUGAUGAGAAAUUCUGUUUAACAGUAUAUUUAAAUGAUUAAUAUUAAAUCUAGAAUAAAUAGAAUAUUAUUUUUAUAUAUUAAAUAUAUAGCAGGAUAAACAAAUUUUAACAAAAUUUUAUUUUUGAUUGCUUUUUUGAUGGUAUGUUUGGAUGAUAUUAUAUGUACUAAAAAUGUAAGGAAUAUUUAUUAGUUGUAAAAUGACUUUAAAUUUGUCAAUAUUAUUAUAUUAAAAAACAAUGAACAAC